AGCAGAAACAUGACAGAAGCCGUUGCGUCAGAAUUCGGCAGGGUCCAACGCGCACCUGCGCGUUUGCUCUAUCACCAUCUAUAAAAUAUGUGUCCUCCGCAAUUUAUUUUUGUUCUUGGCUUUUAUUUGGCGAAAUACUAAGAGAGAGAAAAUAAAUAUAAGGGAUCGCUUGUAGAGGUAAUUUUAAUGGAGAAAGCAGCAGCAGAGAAGAGGAGAGUUUGUGUGACAGGCGCAGGAGGGUUCAUUGCUUCAUGGCUCGUCAAGCUCCUCCUCUCCAAAGGCUACAUAGUCCAUGGAACUGUCAGAGAUCCAAGUGAUGAAAAGAAUGCUCAUCUGAAGAAUCUGGAUGGAGCCUCAGAGAACCUUCAACUCUUUAAGGCAGACUUGCUCGACUACGAUGCAGUGGCUGCUGCUAUUGCAGGCUGUGAAGGGGUUUUCCAUGUCGCUAGUCCUGUUCCUUCGACCACAGUGCUCAAUCCCGAGGUAGAAUUGCUUGCUCCUGCUGUACAAGGCACUCUAAACGUGCUCAAAGCAUGUUCCGAUGCUAAAGUCAAAAGGGUCAUCGUGGUCUCCUCUGUUGCCUCUGUUUUUAUGAAUCCAAAGUGGCCUAAAGAUAAAGACAUGGACGAAGAAUGUUGGUCAGAUAGUGAGUACUGCAGGACAACUGAGAACUGGUACUGUCUUUCCAAGACAUUGGCGGAGGCUGAGGCUCUGGAAUAUGGAAAAAAACAUGGGCUUGAUAUCGUGACCGUCUUGCCGGCUAUGGUUCUUGGUCCACUACUUCAAUCAAAAGUGAAUUCUAGCAGCUUGUUUCUCAUCAACAUACUUAAAGGAGUCCCCGAGUCAAGGGAGAACAGGAAGUGGCAUUUUGUGGAUGUGCGAGAUGUAGCUGAUUCACUGCUUCUGACAUACGAGAAGCCUGAAGCAUCUGGGCGAUACAUUUGCGGGCCUUAUGCACUUAAGAUUGACGAAUUAGUCGGCAUGCUAAAGGAAAUGUACCCUAAGUACGAGUACCCAAAGAAAUUCGUUGAGGUGGACGACAGGCUAUCUGUGAUGAGUUCAGAGAAAUUGAAGAGGUUGGGGUGGACAGUUAGGCCGCUUGAGGAGACCCUUGCUGAUACCGUCGAGUGCUACGAGAAGGCUGGUCUCUUGAAUAAUUAGUGAACGUUAUAUGUGAGCUUCAUAGUGAGAUAAUGAGAGAGUGAUUUUUUUUUCCAAUUUGAAGUUUCAGUGUGUGUUUCCAUAAAAGUACCAUGUGAUUGUAUGUAAUGCUAUCUAUUUACUUAUGAACAAAUUGUGGCAUAGUGGUUAUGUGCUGUAAAUUGCAAGCAAUUUUAUUCUGGA